AUGGAAGCAAUGCUUGUCACAACAUUAGUUUUGGGGAAAUUAUCUCAGUAUAAUUUUAAUGAAUAUAAUCUGAAACUUGACCUUCACUUUCUGUUUCUCUAUUUUCUUAAACAGGAUGCUACCACAUUCCAUGUAACUGUCCGAGAUGAUAAUAGCAUCGCUGUCUCUUUAGAAGCUUCAGAUGUCAUGAGUCCAUCAUCUGUGUAUGUUGUGAAGAUAACUGGUGAAUCAAAAAAUUACUUCUUCGAAUUUGAGGAAUUCAACAGUACUUUGCCUCCUCCCGUUAUCUUUAAGGCCAAUUAUCAUGGUCUAUAUUAUAUAAUCACUCUGGUAGUGGUAAAUGGAAAUGUGGUUACCAAGCCGUCCAGAUCAAUCACUGUGUUAACAAAACCUCUUCCUGUAACCAGUGUUUCAAUAUAUGACUAUAAACCUUCUCCUGAAACAGGAGUCCUCUUUGAAAUUCAUUAUCCAGAAAAAUAUAACGUUUUCACAAGAGUAAACAUAAGCUAUUGGGAAGGUAAAGACUUCCGGACAAUGCUAUAUAAAGAUUUUUUUAAGGGAAAAACAGUGUUUAAUCACUGGCUGCCAGGAAUAUGCUAUAGUAAUAUCACCUUUCAGCUGGUAUCUGAGGCAACUUUUAAUAAAAGCACUCUCGUGGAGUACAGCGGUGUCAGUCAUGAACCCAAACAGCAUAGAACUGCCCCUUAUCCACCUCGGAAUAUCUCAGUUCGCAUAGUGAACUUGAACAAAAACAACUGGGAAGAAGAGAGUGGCAGUUUCCCAGAGGAAUCGUUCAUAAGAUCACAAGACACAAUGGGAAAGGACAGAGUCUUCCAUUUUACAGAGGACACUCCUGAAAUUCCCUCUGGCAACAUUUCCUCUGGUUGGCCUGAUUUUAAUAGCAGUGAUUUCAAAACAACAUCCCAGCCAUAUUGGUGGGACAGCGCAUCUGCGACUCCUGAGAGUGAAGAUGAAUUUGUCAGUGUGCUUCCCACAGAAUACGAAAAUAACAAUACACUCAGUGAGACGGAAAAAUCGGCAUCCAGCUCCUUCUCUUCUUUCCCUGUACAAAUGAUAUUGAGUUGGUUACCACCAAAACCACCCACUGCCUUUGAUGGGUUCCAUAUCCACAUAGAAAGAGAAGAAAACUUUACUGAAUAUUUGACAGUGGAUGAAGAAGCACAUGAAUUUGUUGCAGAACUGAAGGAGCCCGGGAAAUAUAAGUUAUCUGUGACAACCUUUAGUUCCUCAGGAUCUUGUGAAACUCGAAACAGUCAGUCAGCAAAAUCACUCAGUUUUUAUAUCAGUCCUUCAGGAGAAUGGAUUGAAGAACUCACAGAGAAGCCCCAGCACGUGAGUGUCCACGUCCUAAGCUCAACCACCGCCCUGAUGUCCUGGACGUCUCCCCAGGAGAGCUACAAUGGCACCAUUGUGUCCGUGGUGUCGCUCACCUGCCAGAAACAAAAGGAGAGCCAGAGGCUGGAGAAGCAGUACUGCACUCAGGUGAACUCAAGCAAAUCUAUUAUUGAAAAUCUCGUUCCUGGUGCCCAAUACCAGGUUGUGAUGUACCUAAGAAAAGGCCCUUUGAUUGGACCACCUUCAGAUCCUGUGACAUUUGCUAUUGUUCCAACUGGAAUAAAAGACUUGAUGCUCUAUCCCUUGGGUCCUACAGCAGUGGUUUUGAGCUGGACUAGACCUUACUUAGGAGUGUUCAGAAAAUAUGUGGUCGAAAUGUUUUAUUUCAACCCUACAACAAUGACGUCAGAAUGGACAACCUACUAUGAAAUAGCCGCAACUGUCUCCUUAACUGCCUCAGUGAGGAUAGCAAAUCUGUUGCCAGCAUGGUACUACAACUUUCGCGUUACCAUGGUAACAUGGGGAGACCCGGAACUCAGCUGCUGUGACAGCUCCACUAUAAGCUUCAUAACAGCACCAGUUGCUCCAGAGAUCACGUCUGUGGAAUAUUUCAACAGUCUGCUCUACAUCAGUUGGACCUACGGGGAUGACACCACAGACCUCUCCCAUUCUAGGAUGCUCCACUGGAUGGUUGUUGCAGAAGGAAAGAAGAAAAUUAAAAAGAGUGUAACGCGCAAUGUCAUGACUGCAGUUCUCAGCCUGCCUCCUGGAGAUAUCUACAAUCUCUCGGUAACUGCUUGCACAGAGAGAGGAAGUAACACCUCCAUGCUCCGUCUUGUCAAACUAGAACCAGCUCCUCCAAAGUCCCUCUUUGCAGUGAAUAAAACCCAGACCUCGGUGACUUUGCUGUGGGUGGAAGAGGGAGUAGCUGAUUUCUUCGAAGUCUUCUGCCAGCAAGUUGGCUCCAGUCAGGAAGCAAAACUCCAGGAACCAAUUUCUGUUUCCUCUCAUGUCGUGACCAUCUCCAGCCUCCUUCCUGCCACUGCCUACAACUGUAGUGUCACUAGCUUUAGCCAUGACAGCCCCAGUGUCCCUACAUUCAUAGCAAUCUCGACAAUGGUUACAGAGAUGAAUCCCAAUGUGGUGGUCAUCUCCGUGCUGGCCAUCCUCAGCACACUGUUAAUUGGACUGCUGCUUGUUACUCUUAUCAUUCUUAGGAGAAAGCAUCUGCAGAUGGCAAGGGAGUGUGGAGCAGGAACUUUUGUCAAUUUUGCGUCCUUGGAGCGGGAUGGGAAGCUCCCAUACAACUGGCGUAGGAGUAUAUUUGCUUUCUUAACCCUGCUACCCUCAUGUCUUUGGACUGAUUAUCUUUUGGCAUUUUAUAUUAAUCCUUGGAGUAAAAAUGGCUUAAAGAAGAGGAAACUGACUAACCCGGUUCAACUGGAUGACUUUGAUGCCUACAUCAAGGAUAUGGCCAAAGACUCUGACUAUAAAUUUUCUCUUCAGUUUGAGGAAUUGAAGUUGAUUGGGCUGGAUAUUCCACACUUUGCUGCAGACCUUCCACUGAACCGAUGUAAAAAUCGUUACACAAACAUCCUGCCAUAUGACUUUAGCCGAGUGAGAUUGAUCUCCAUGAAUGAAGAAGAAGGAGCAGACUACAUCAAUGCCAACUACAUUCCUGGGUACAACUCCCCCCAGGAGUACAUCGCCACUCAGGGACCGCUGCCUGAAACCAGAAACGACUUCUGGAAGAUGGUCCUGCAACAGAAGUCCCCGAUUAUUGUCAUGCUCACUCAGUGCAAUGAGAAGAGGAGGGUGAAAUGUGACCAUUACUGGCCAUUCACAGAAGAGCCCAUAGCUUAUGGUGACAUCACGGUGGAGAUGAUGUCGGAGGAAGAACAGGACGACUGGGCCUGUAGACACUUCCGAAUCAACUACGCUGACGAGAUGCAGGAUGUGACCCAUUUUAACUACACCGCAUGGCCCGAUCACGGGGUGCCCACAGCCAAUGCUGCAGAAAGCAUCCUGCAGUUUGUACACAAGGUCCGACAGCAGGCUACGAAGAGCAGAGGCCCCGUGAUCGUGCACUGCAGUGCUGGAGUCGGUCGGACGGGAACGUUCAUCGCCCUGGACAGACUCUUGCAGCACAUUCGGGAUCAUGAGUUUGUCGACAUCCUGGGACUGGUGUCAGAAAUGCGGUCAUAUCGGAUGUCUAUGGUACAGACCGAGGAACAGUACAUUUUUAUCCAUCAGUGUGUGCAACUGAUGUGGAUGAAGAAGAAGCAGCAGUUCUGUAUCAGUGACGUCAUCUAUGAGAAUGUCAGCAAUUCCUAG